AUGUUCUGGGCCUGGGACCGCCAAACCUUCUGCGUGGCACCAGGCGGUGCACCCUACCUGCCAGCACGUUUUUGUCCUUUCGGGCCCACUGUGCUGCGCUUCACGGCGCGUCGCGGCGUCGCGGCGGUGUGCCCUGGCCGCUUUCUGCGCGGCGGCGAACAAGCGGCGCUGCGCAAUUUCCCCUCUAUGCAAAUAGCGGGCGCGCGCUCCGGCCCGGAGGGCCGGUGCGACACAUUUCUUCUCGCUGCCACACGAAAACGCGUGCUGGUCUCAGAGGCUGUUGGGGCGACCUACCCUAGGGCGUUCACGACUGCAGCAACCUCGGACGUUGUAACGCGGCAGGCAGAGCUGCAUUAG